ACUUUUAACACUUGCCCUCACUCUCACACCCAAAAAAAUUAUCCUCCCUCAGCAUCACUGUAAAAAAUAAAAAAUGGCGUCUCUGUAAAACCCUAACCCUAACAAUUAAAACCCCGGUUCGAACCUUCUCAAAUUUCUCUCACGCAAAUCAACCAUGAACGAGAAUGCAACCAGCAUUGAUCAAGCAACGCCUCGAACCCUAAUUUCAACGACAACGAAGCCUUUAUCAUCUUCACUUUCAAAUCUUUCAAGCUCUUCUAAAACUAUCCCGUCGAAUCAAGAUUUUCAUUUCUACUAUAAUUUUGACGAAUUUAAGGCCCCGAUACAUAAAAUUGCUGUUAAAUCACAGUCUUUGCUUGAAUCAGUAGGUUCUUGUAGUAAGAAGUUUAAAUUUCCGAGUGAUUCUGACAUUACUGAGGAUGAUAAUUACGAUUGGCUUGUUAAUAUGAAUGAUGAUGUAUUGGAACGGUUUGAUGCGUCUGUAGACGAAUUUAAGAGUCUGAGGAAGAAACAAGAGGAGACAGGGGGAGUGUUGGAAAUGGGGAGUAAUGAGAAUGGCGGUGAGAGUGAGUUUCAGGUGGUUUAUGGGAAGAAAAAGAAAGGGUUGGUGAAUAUGGGGAGUGGGUUAGUGAUUGAGUCUGGUGUUAAAGUUGCUGAUUUGAAGGCUAAAGCAGUGAAAGCAAAAGUUCCGUUUCAUGUACCUACUAUAAAGAAGCCACAAGAAGCUUAUAAAAUCUUGGUUAAUAACUCUAAUCAGCCUUUUGAGCAUGUUUGGUUGCAAAGAAGUGAUGAUGGGUUAAGGUUUAUUCAUCCCCUGGAAAGUCUGCCUAUUAUUGAUUUUGUGGAUACAAGUACUGCAAAUGCUGAGCCUGUACCGCCACCUCCAUUGGAGUCUACUCCAUUCAAGCUUGUGGAAGAAGUCAAAGAUUUGAAGCAGUUGGCCGCUACAUUGCGCGGCGUUAAUGAAUUUGCGGUUGAUCUGGAACAUAAUCAGUACCGCUCAUUCCAAGGAUUGACAUGCCUGAUGCAAAUUUCUACGAGAACUGAAGAUUUUAUUAUUGAUACGCUAAAGCUUCGAAUACAUGUUGGUCCAUAUCUUAGAGAAGUGUUUAAGGAUCCCACCAAGAGAAAGGUCUUGCAUGGAGCAGAUCGAGAUAUUAUAUGGCUUCAACGUGACUUUGGGAUAUAUAUCUGCAACAUGUUUGAUACUGGACAGGCCUCAAGAGUAUUGAAGUUGGAAAGAAAUAGUUUGGAGUAUCUCUUGAAACACUACUGUGGAGUUACUGCCAACAAAGAAUAUCAAAAUGCAGAUUGGAGAUUACGCCCUCUUACUGAUGUGAUGCUUAGAUAUGGCAGAGAAGAUACUCACUAUCUUCUGUAUAUAUACGACUUAAUGCGAGCCGAAUUGCUCUCGAAGCCUAAUGAACCUGAAAGUUUUGAUAGUCCUUUAGUGGAGGUCUAUAGACGCAGUUAUGAUGUAUGCAUGCAUCUGUAUGAGAAGGAGCUUUUGACAGAAAGUUCAUAUCUGCACAUAUACGGGGUGCAAGAUGCUGGUUUUAAUGCUCAGCAGCUUGCCAUUGUUGCUGGACUCUGUGAAUGGAGAGAUGUAAUUGCCCGUACAGAAGAUGAGAGUACGGGUUUUAUAUUGCCGAACAAAAUUCUCAUUGAAAUUGCAAAACAGAUGCCUGUCACACCUCAGAAGUUGCGAAGAGCAUUGAAGACAAAGCACCCAUAUAUUGAGCGAAACCUUGGUUCAGUUGUUAAUGUCAUUAGGCAUGCUAUGCAAAAUGCUGCUGAGUUUGAAGCUGUUGCUCAACGUUUAAAGGAGGCACUAUUGGAAAAAAAGGCCGCACAGGAAAAAAUUGAAGUUAAUGAUGAUGUGGACACAAAUCUGGAGACUGCCGAUGUUGAAAAUGAGACCAUUUAUGACGGCAUUGAAAUCGAUGACAGUGUGAAUGCCAUCAGUUCUAAUUCAGAGCUUCCCGGAGAAAGCCUACCCAUGUCAUCGAACACAACAGAUACAUCUGCAUCUGCGGGCAUUAAUCCUCCAGCAAUGGUGACUGCUAAAGCUACUGUUCAAAUUUUAAAGAAGCCAACCAGCGCUUUUGGAGCCCUGUUGGGAAAUUCGGCAGGGAAGAGAAGGUCUGAUAUCGACAAAAAGGAUAAAGAAGAUUUGAAGUUGGAUAAGAUUAGAACGUCUGUAAACCUUCCAUUCCAUUCAUUUUCGGGCAUAAAUGAAGCGGCAAAGCCAGCUGUAGAGGAACCCCCUGUUGCAACAACUCCAUGUUCCGAAGAAUCUCUUGCUGCUUCAGCUACUCGUUCCAUUGAAGAUGUAAUAAUGCUACAUGACAAUUCAGACGAAGAGAUACAAGAAAAUGUUGAUUCAGAAACCAAAGAUGCUCGCAAGGAUACCAAAUUAGCAGGAUCCGAGUCUGGAACAGACGACGAUGGAGAACCUACAUCUCUCUCUGAUCUUUCUUCGAGCUUCCAAAAGUGCUUCCCCUCGAUCAAUCGGAAUAAAUCCAACAGAAAUGUAGAGAAUUCUCAUGACCCAACUGGCCUGAUGCAGCUGAAGCCGUUCGAUUAUGCUGAAGCAAAGAAACUGGUUCGAUUUGGGGAAAGUCCAGCAGAAAAGUCAAAGGCAGAGGGUGACGAAGCUCGUGGUACUGUAGAUAGGAGAAAAAGUUCAGUCAUUCCUGGAGGUGAGAAAGACGACGAUGGAACUACUCCGUUAGCUCAAGGUAAAAGACGUCAGGCAUUUCCGGCCAGUGGGAAUCGCAGCGCAACUUUUAGAUGAUUCUCUGGGAAUUGUAUUUUGCUCUGUAUAACAUAAAUAGGAAAACUUGUUCAAUAUUUUUGCCCUUAGUUUUGCGAAAACAGCUGGAAAUAAAAAAAGAAUGAGAAUUAAAGGUUACAAGGAGAAAUAAAUAAAAAAAUGCUAAAUCAA